CUCUCCUCGCAAUUUCUCCGCCAAUAGUUGCAAUCUUCUCACUCUUCCGUCAAUCAUUCUCUGACCUCCAGUGGCGUCGGCUCAAUGGUGAGAAGAAACAAACACAGUAGUGAAAUUCCUAAUCCUAAUUCAUCAUCUUCAGUUGAGUGUAUAGGAACUACCACUAGAACCGAAGAGUCUUCUCAAAGUGGUAGAAUUUUAACAAAGUGGAGAGCAUCACUUAAGCCAGAGAAUGCAGAAGCUUUGAUUACCACUCAUAGUUGGAUAUUUGGCUAUGAUAUUGAUGAAGAUGAACGUGACAAACUUGAAGAAGGCAUUGAGUUGGAUUUCAGGCGUUCUACUCGUGAUAAGCAUCAAAUUGAUAUGGGGAAUGACUUCACUUGAGAAUGAACUUCUAAUCAUUUU